GAAACGAGAUCGGAUUGUUGCAGUGGCUGCACUUGGGUGAAAGCUGCCCAUUGGGCACUUUUUCAAACAAUGAGAUUUCGGUUCACCUUCCUAGGAAUUUGGAUGGGUUCGACCCGACGCAUAUUUAACAUAGAAAUUUGCGAGAUUUAAUCCCAAACUCGUGUCCAUAAAAGGCAGCUUGACUGUCAUAUUGGACUUUUAUUUCGGAUUAGCAGCCCACAUGAAAGGCCGGUAGUUUCCAAACUGCACAGGGAAGCUCAUUCAUAGGGAGGCGCAGUUUGAUAAUGGAUAUCGGUGUAGAUUUUUUUUUUUUAAAAACAGAGGUUUAUUGGUCUAACGGGACUUUGAUCCUUAAAGGAAUAUAUGACACUCACAUUACACUAGAUGCAAUAACUCCACAAGUGGCCCCAAUGGAUUGCUCUGUAAAGAGUCCCAAAUCCUUCCGGGGAAAGCUCGAGUGAUACCAGGCGAAAUUAAGCUCUAUUGGCAUUUCUCCAUAGGAUCAAUUAGCCUGCAAGAAUAAACCGUCUGUCUUCAGUGGGAGAGAAGUAAAAACAGCCUGGCUACUCAAGAGAAAACAAAAAUAAAACUGGGAAAGGGAGAAAUGGACAUGAUUGGCUGCCUCGUCCAGAGACAUGCUGGAAAAGCCUGACUGCCGGAUGACCAAUCCGGCCCUAUUGAUCCUUUCACAAAACUCGGCAUGUGCGAGAUAGCAUCCAACUUGACUGUGAAGGAAUACCGGUUUGGAAAGGAUCUGGAAAAGGGAGACGGGGAUGAGCGGCUCCGGGAGUUGGUGGUACUGAUUCCUGAGGUUCUUGAUCCUCAGUAUGGUAUGUAUGUUUGGCCUUGCGCGGUGGUUUUGGCCGAAUAUAUCUGGUUUCAUAGAAGACUUGUCUGUGGCAAAAGAAUACUAGAGAUUGGAGCAGGUGUAAGCCUACCUGGAAUAGUGGCAGCAAAAUGUGGAGCACAAGUAAUAUUAUCAGAUAAUGCAGAGUUCUCUGGGUGUUUGGACAACUGCCGAAGAAGCUGCCAGAUGAAUAAUCUCUCUGGGAUAUGUGUCAUAGGACUUACCUGGGGUCACGUAUCACCCUGUUUAUUGACCUUAGCCCCAGUUGACCUUAUUUUGGGAGCUGAUGUAUUUUUUGAACCAGAAGACUUUGAAGAUGUUGUAAGUACAGUGCACUGUUUAAUGGAAAGGAACCCUCAUGCCCAAUUUUGGACUACUUACCAAGUCAGAAGUGCCAACUGGUCUAUUGAAGGAUUACUAUAUAAAUGGGAGAUGGAAAGCACAUAUGUGCCAUUGCAGUCAUUUGAAGCCAACAAGGAACAACUUGCAGGAUCUUCUCUUCCAGGGAUGCACACUAUUCAAAUGAUGGUUAUCAGUAAAAAAAAAUAAAAAUAAA